UCAUAGUCCAGAAGUAUUCGAAACUAUUGAGGAAACUGUUAGAAAAUAUAACUAAUCUCGUUGAAACAUUCGAUUUCUGUUAAUUAAGAACAGUAAUACAUAUUGGUGUGACGCGUUUAACGUAGUUGCUAGUGGGCGGGGACGAGCAGCGAGUUUUCAGAAAUAGGUAUUGCGAGCGAACAUUCGAACACAAUAAUAAUUACGUAAAACAUCCUUAUAGCUCAUCUGAGCAUUUUCUUUUGUAACGCCACGUUGCUCGCACCGAGAAGGAUUCGUCAAGGUAUGUUGUGCUUGAGCAGUGUGAAUUUAAACAGUUUUUUUUUAAUAGUUUACGUUAUGUUGUAAAUGUGUGAUUGCAGCGUGGCGUUAUUAAUUACAUAUAAUCAACAUGCAUUAUCAUAUUAUUUGAUAAAAUCCUGGAAAUUGAUGCGGAUAUGCGCUUCAAUUCGCUGUGGCGUAAAUCAUGAAUGUAUCCACGAUUCGCUAAAUAACGAAGUGGAUUGCUUUUACUGUGGCUUGUCGCCACGAUUUUUAAAAGGAUUGAUAGUAUAGUUGUUAUUGAAAAUUUGAUACCUUUUUAUUCAAAUUCUUGUGAUCGAGAUUUAUAAUUUCUUACACGAGUAUUUCAAGAAUCGUUUAUGUCGAAUUAUUGAUAACUAAAAUGGAAUACGCACAUCGACUAAGGCUUGAUAUGACAAUUCAUCAUUUUGUUGAUCAUGUCGAUAUGCUCGCAUUAUGGCCAUAUUUGUUCAUAAACAAAAUAUAUGCGACAACUGAUCACAAUGUUUCAAAUUGGGCAAAAAAUCUUACUGAUCCAGAAAUAAUUAAAGAUAUUAUCCUUACUAUUAAAACUCGAGGAUCUCUGGCUUAUCAUAAUCUGAUAUUGAGUCUUCAACAAACAAACCAACAUUUCUUAGCAGAUCUCUUAGGGAUCGACACAGUGGAUAAUGAAAGUCGGAAUCUGAGGCCUCGCGCAUCUUCUGCUUCUAAUGACAAAGACAUAUCUAACAAGCGCCAUCGUGGGAUAUGAUUGUGGUUCCGAUAAUCCUAAUGCCUAUUUAUUUAUUUAUUUAGAAAAAAGUAAGCCCAACAACAGUGGAUAACUAAUUACAGGGCUAUAGUAUGUACACAAUGUAGCAUCUUAAUUAUAAUUUGCUUAACAUGAGCGCACAUAGACAACGUUAUAAUUUUCAUUCUUAUACUUAUUAUUUACUUAUAACGAAAGUUUUUGUAUAAUGUACUAGAGAA